UUAGGCUGACUGUCUGGGACGGGCCCUGUAGGGCCCGUGUGGCUACGCAGUAUGCCACAGGUGGACAACGCUGCACAGCAAAAGCUGGACAUUGCGUGGGCGGAGGCAAUGUUCUGUGCUGGAAUUGCAUUCAACUUCCUGAAUUUCAACACGACACAGAAGCUCCAUGCAGUCUCCUUGGAAGUGGCAAAUGCGCGACCGAAGGUGAAGCUGCCCUCAUACAAGCAUAUGAGAACUAUGAUGCUGGACUUCAUCUACUUGCGUAUUCAAAAGCAAGUGCAUCCUUUGACAGCCUGUUGGGAGGAAUUUGGUUGUACAUUCAUCACGGACGGGUCAUCAGGCCGUCGAGGGCGCCCUGUCAUGAACUUCUUGGCAGCAGGGGAGAAAGGUGCAAUUCUGGUGGCCACAGUGUCAAUGACCGGAAGGAAGAAAACAGCACAGGCGUUGGCAAGGUUGUGGGAGAAGAUUAUGAGGGAGAUAGGGGUGCAUCGCAUCAACGCGAUCUGCACCGACAAUGCCGAGGUGAACAAGAAGGCUGCUCAUAUUCUGGAGCGCCGCACUGACAAAGAUAUUGCAAGGAUUCCAUGGGUUCCUUGCGUUGCGCAUUGUUGCAGCCUUUUGUUGAGAGAUGUCAGUAACCUGGACGGGGUGAAGGGCACCGUGAAGAGAGGCCACACAAUUGUGAAGUUCAUUCGGAACCACCACUGCACGCACAACCUGAUGAUGUCCUACGACGAUUCCCUGUCAUUGCUUCCGCCCACGGAAGUUCGGUUCGGGUCAGUGUACAUGAUGUUGGAGAGGCUUCAGAACAGGAGGGCAGUGUUGUCGGAUAUGGUGGAUCGAAAAAAUGCAGCACGGUGGACGGGGAUGCGUUGGUCCACUGCAAAGUUGAAGUCGAAAGCGGACCUGGUGUACUUCACCUUGAGGAGAGACGGCUGGUGGAUGGAGUCGAAGAAGGUGGCUGACGUGAUGGAACCGUUGUCCAGCCUUCUGAGGAGGAUGGAUCGGGAUGGAACAACACUAACAAACCUCGUUGAGUAUGACGACAUGAUUAAAAGGAAACUUGCUCAUGUCGUUCUCAUAGAGAAGCAGCCGGCGAGCAUCAUGGAGAAAGCCAGAGAUUGUGUGAAGAUGAUGCGGCAGCCAGUCCAUUCACUGGCGUUUCUUCUAGACCCACGAAGGAGAAAUCCGCGGUGGCUUUACGAUCGGGACGGUGCAAUUGUGCAGAACGCGAUGCUUUACCUGCAGAGACAAAUUGGGGGUGAAUGGAAAGGACCAGACCACCUUGAGGUUUUGAGUGACCUGCACAAGUUCCACAAGGGGCCCACGCCGAACGGGCCCAAGAGAAAGGACACGAAGAUGUGGGAGCCUGAUGCGAAGGCUGAUUGCGAUAAGCUCACACCGACCGAGUGGUGGGCAACUUACGGCUGUGAUGUCCCCAUCUUGCAGGCCAUUGCCAUCAAAGUGAUGGGCAUGUGGAGUACGGCUACCCCAGCGGAGAGGAAUUGGUCGUCCAUGGACUUCGUGCAUUCCAAAAGGAGGAACAACUUGAAGCCCGAAACACUGGAGAAGUUGGUGUACAUCCACUGGAACAUGCAACUACUGCAUGCUGCAAACAAUAGUGGUGGCAACGGCGCGGGCUAUGUUGAUUUGUGGAGUUCGUUCUUCGAGGCUAUUCCCGAGCCAAACGAGGAUGGCGGAUCUAUCUUGAGGGGCCCCACGGAGGAAGCUGAGAAGACGGACGAGGAGCUGGUGUGGCAAAGUAGCUUCGUGAAGACACCAAAGGGAAGGAUUCCAAAGAAGCUUGAGGACGAUGAGGACGAGUGCACAAAUGACAAUGACUUGGAUGAUGAGCUGUGGAAGGGAAGUGUGGAUUGUCGGAUGAGUCUAGCGGCGCGGAGGAGGAGGAUGAUGAAAUUUGCUGUUGAGUUCCAUCACUUGGACACAGACGUCGAGUUGCUGCUGCACAGUGCCCCGGUUGAUGAAGACGAAGCAGAGGCCGGCCAUGCAAAGGCAUUAGCAGAUUGUGAUCGAGACGCCGUCCAAAAACGGAUCAUGGAGGAGGACGCCCGGCGUGCAGCUAUCCCAACUCGGAGGGAGAUUGAGAGACGCAAGAAGAAGAUUGGGGAAAACGAACUGGACACGCGUCGACCAUUGGACGUUGUGCAAGAGCGAGAAGAGGGUAAGCAACAACAAAGUGAAGCGGUUGUGAAGGUGGUGGAAAUCGCACUCCAAGAAGAGGGGAACGACAAGGUGCAGCCAAAAAAGGCAGAGGAGGCCGAUCAGCAAGAGGCGGAGCACCAUAAAGAGGCGGAGGAGAAGGACCAGCAAGAAGACGAGGACGACAUGGAUCAGCAAAAAGAGGCGGAGAUGGAGCACGAAGAGGAGGACGAGGAGAUGGGGCAUGACGAGGACGAGGAGGGGAUGGAGAGUCAAGGAGAGGAGGUCGUGGAACAGCAAGAAGAGGCGGAGGGCAUGGAUCAGCAGGACAUGCAGCACAACAUGGAUGAGGAGGACGGCGAAGCGGAGCACCAGCUUGCAGUGAAGAUUGUGUACAUGCGUAGGCAAAGACCGGUUGUGUCCACACAAUCUGUCGAGAACAUACCCGACUUCCUUCCCAGCAAUGACGCUCUCCAACAUGACAACCUGUGGGUGACCAGGGUGGGGAGGAAGAGAAAGGAACCGAUGGAGGAUGCUGCUGCGAAGCCUAAACAAGAAGAAGAAGAAGAAGAGGAAGGAGAAGAAGAGGAAGGAGAAGAAGUGGAAGGAGGAGGAGGAGGAAAACGAAGAGGAAGAAGCAGCAGCAGAGGAAGAAGCAGCAGCAGAAGAGGAAGGAGGAGGAGGAGGAGGAGGAGAAGGAGGAGGAGGAGGAGGAGGAGGAGGAGCAGGAGCAGCACGAGCAGGAGCAGGAGCAGGAGGAGGAGGGGGAGGAGAAAGGAGCAGGAGCAGAAGAAGGAGCAGAAGAAGGAGCAGAAGAAGGAGCAGCAGAAGAAGGAGCAGAAGAAGAAGAAGCAGAAGCAGAAGAAGCAGAAGCAGAAGCAGCAGAAGAAGAAGAACAAGAAGAAGACGCAAGAAGAAGAACAAGAAGAAGAAGAAGCAAGAAGAAGAAGAAGAAGAAGAAGAAGAAGAAGAAGAAGAAGAAAACGAGGAGGAGCAGGUGGAGAGGAGGAGGAGGAGGAGGAGGAGAAGAAGAGAGGAGGCGGAGGAGGAGGAGGAGAAGAAGAAGAAGAGGAAGAGCAAGAAUAAGAGCAAGAGGAAGAGGAAGACGAAGACGGCGAAGAAGAAGAAGCAGCUAGCCGCAACUCACACACCAG